UGUAGCCACACUGACCAAAAAUUAUACCCAAGUAGGAGCUGUGUGUGUCAAGAUGGGAUAAUCACAGUGAAUGUCCCAGAGGUUACAGACCUCGCUGCCCAGGCCCCUGGGUCUUCAUGAUCUUGCACAUGAGAUGUUCUAUGUCCUAUGUCCUCCUUUCUUACAGAGGCACAGGAUGGCUCAGAUGGGUGAAGCGCUGUGUCACAUACAGCUGGGGACAGAGCGGGGUUCAAAUUAGCCCAGUGUGCCCAGCUCUGAAGCACAAGCAGCUGCCACAGAACCCACCCCACUGAGCAAUGCCCAUCCACGGUUAUCUCCAAAGAAGGAACAAAGGACAGUCAUUAAUAGCAUGAGAUUCAAACUCUCCCCACAGUGUGUAAAAUUAAUUACAUGCUUGCUACUAAAAAAUUUUUCAUCAUCUAUCUGUACUAGGGUCAGCAAGCUUUUUCUGUAAAGGUCCAGAAAGUAAACCUUUCCUGUCAUGUGGGCUUUAUGGUGUCUGUUUUAACUGUUCAAUUCACUCAUGUGCUAAAACAGCCAUGGACAAUACGAAUGGGCAUGGCUGUGUUUCAGUAAAACUUCAUUUACAAAAACAGGUGGUGGACCAUAUGUGGCCCAUGGGCCAUAAUUUGACAACCCCUAGUGUGUCAGCCAUGACUGGAUACCUGCCAGGGGGCCCCCGCAUAGUUCACUAGUGUGAGUCACUCUGGCAUGUAGCUUUUCUCCAGAAACUGGCUGCUAUAGUCAGCUGGGGUCAAGCUCUCAGAUGCCCGAUGUACCCCUCUGACUGCAACUUAUUCUGCUUAGGAAACCUGACUUUAAGAAGGUUGUUGGAUUGUUACUGUGAAUAUGACAACUCUUAGCAGAUGGCACAUAGUUUAGUAGUCAUCUUCAGUAAGUUUGCUAUUUCAGUCAACUAUGGAUUAACCUGGAAUCUUGCCUGAUAGUGGGUUGAAGGGGUGGGAUGGUGCGUUGAUAGAGGCAUAACUGGGACAUAGAGGGUAAGGCACAUUCCACUGUGGAAAUGUUAUAUAUCUGUACAACUCAGAAGAGGAUUUGAAAUCUAGUGAGUCUAAGUGUACUCAGGUGUGUUUUUUUUUAAAAUCUAUUCAUUUUCCCCCAUUCGUUAUUAAAAUUGAUAGAAUAUAAGGUGAGAAGCACUAGAAUUGGUGGUGAUCCCUUGCCUCAGUCUAUCUGGGCUGCUAUAUCAAAAGACCAUAGACUGGGUGGCUUAUGAACAACAGGAAUGUAUUUCUCACAGUGCUGAAGCCCAAGGUAAAGGCUCCAGCAGAGUUGGGUAUGGUGAGGGCCCAUUUCCUGCUUCAUAGAUGGCAACUUCUCACCGUGUCCUCACAUGGUGGAAGGGAACUCUCUGGGGGUUUUUAGAAGGACACUAAUCCCACUUAUGAGGGCUCCACCCCCAAGACCUAAUCACUUCCCAAAGACCCCACCUCCUGAUACUAUCACAUAGGGGUUAAGGUAUCAACAUGUGAAUUUGGGGGGAUAUAAACAUUCGGACCAUAAUGCCCUUCUCUCCUAUGACGUAUAGAAAGGGACCACAUUUUCAUUUGACUUUUAUAAUGUUUUGCAUGAAGAAUAAAAUUAUUGGCCCAAACCAGUCCGAAAAUGCGUAACAGCAGGUGGAAGCGGUUCCUUCUUUCCACUGGGUCACCUCUGUUCCCUCGGUGGGUAAGAUGCCUUUCCUCUUCUUCCCUGCAGAUGGAUGGUUUCUAGCCUGCUUCCAAACCCCACCUCAGCUGAGUGUUGGGCAGCACUUCUACAUGAUCAUAUGACUCUUGAUAUGGACGCAGUCCUGUCAGACUUUGUUCGGUCCACGGGGGCAGAACCUGGUCUGGCCAGAGACCUGCUGGAAGGGAAAAACUGGGACCUGACAGCCGCUCUCAGCGACUAUGAGCAGCUCCGACAGGUGCACACAGCUAACCUGCCACAUGUGUUCAACGAAGGGAGGUGUCCCAAGCAGCCAGAGCGGGAGCCGCCCCAGCCCGGGCACAAGGUGGAGCGGCCCUGCCUGCAAAGGCAGGACGACAUUGCCCAAGAAAAACGACUUUCCCGGGGGAUCUCUCAUGCCAGCUCAGCCAUCGUCUCCCUGGCCCGGUCCCACGUGGCGAGUGAAUGCAACAACGAGCAGUUCCCCCUGGAGAUGCCAAUCUACACAUUCCAGUUGCCAGAUCUGAGCGUGUACAGCGAGGACUUCAGGAGCUUCAUUGAACGGGACUUGAUUGAGCAGGCAACGAUGGUAGCUUUGGAGCAGGCAGGUCGCCUGAACUGGUGGUCCACUGUGUGCACGAGCUGUAAACGGCUUCUUCCUUUGGCCACGACAGGGGACGGGAACUGCCUUUUACAUGCCGCCUCACUGGGAAUGUGGGGUUUUCACGACCGGGACCUGGUGUUGCGGAAAGCUCUCUACACCAUGAUGCGGACGGGGGCCGAGAGGGAAGCCCUGAAGCGGAGGUGGAGGUGGCAGCAGACGCAGCAGAACAAGGAGUCAGGGCUGGUGUACACGGAGGAGGAGUGGGAGCGAGAGUGGACGGAGCUGCUGAAGCUGGCCUCCAGCGAGCCGCGCACGCACUUCAGCAAGAACGGCGGCACGGGCGGGGGCGUGGACAACUCUGAGGACCCCGUGUACGAGAGCCUGGAAGAGUUCCACGUUUUUGUCUUAGCCCAUAUACUGAGAAGGCCGAUCGUCGUCGUGGCAGAUACAAUGUUGAGAGACUCAGGUGGAGAAGCAUUCGCACCCAUCCCAUUCGGGGGGAUUUACCUGCCCUUGGAGGUCCCUCCCAACAGAUGCCACUGCUCACCUCUGGUUCUGGCCUACGAUCAAGCGCAUUUCUCUGCCCUCGUGUCCAUGGAACAGAGAGACCAGCAAAGAGAACAAGCUGUGAUCCCCCUGACGGAUUCUGAGCACAAGCUGCUGCCUCUGCACUUUGCAGUGGACCCUGGCAAGGACUGGGAGUGGGGGAAAGACGACAAUGAUAACGCCCGGCUGGCCCACCUCAUCCUGUCACUAGAAGCGAAGCUGAACCUUCUGCACAGCUACAUGAAUGUGACAUGGAUCCGGAUCCCCUCCGAGACCCGGGCGCCCCUGGCGCAGCCGGAGUCCCCGACGGCCUCCGCGGGGGAGGACGUGCAGUCCCUGGCCGACUCGCUGGACUCGGACCGCGACUCGGUGUGCAGCAACUCCAACAGCAAUAAUGGCAAGAACGGCAAGGACAAGGAGAAGGAGAAGCAGCGCAAGGAGAAGGACAAGACCCGCGCGGACUCCGUGGCCAACAAGCUGGGCAGCUUCAGCAAGACGCUGGGCAUCAAGCUAAAGAAAAACAUGGGCGGCCUCAGCGGCCUGGUGCAUGGCAAAAUGGGCCGCACCAACUCCGCCAACGGCAAGAACGGGGACUCUGCGGAGCGCGGCAAGGAGAAGAAGGCCAAGUCUCGCAAGGGCAGCAAGGAGGAGUCUGGCGCGUCGGCGAGCACGUCGCCGUCGGAGAAGACCACGCCGUCGCCCACGGACAAAGCGGCGGGCGCGUCGCCGGCCGAGAAGGGCAGCGGGCCACGGAGCGACGCCUGGAAGUACAGCACGGACGUGAAGCUGAGCCUCAACAUCCUGCGCGCCGCCAUGCAGGGCGAGCGCAAGUUCAUCUUCGCCGGCCUGCUGCUCACCAGCCACCGGCACCAGUUCCACGAGGAGAUGAUCGGCUACUACCUGACGAGCGCGCAGGAACGCUUCAGCGCCGAGCAGGAGCAGCGGCGCCGCGACGCCGCCACCGCAGCCGCCGCUGCUGCCGCCGCCGCCGCCGCCUCCACGGCCAAGCGGCCGCCGCGCAGGCCAGAGGCGGAGAGCGCACCGGGUCCCGAGCGCGCCUCGCCGGGCCCGCCGGCCGGGCAGCCCACGCAGCUGGUGCUCAAGUUCAAGGAGCGCCCGAGCCCCGGGCCCGCGGCGGGCGCACGGGCGGCGCGGGCGGCAGCAGGUGGCGUGGCCUCCCCGAGCUCCGGCGGGGGCGCACGGCGCGCGGGCGCCAGCGGACAGACCCCCGGCCGCAGUCCCCCAGCGCCGGCGCGCCAGAGUGUCAUCCACGUGCAGGCGGCGGGUGCGCGGGACGAGGUGUGCGCUCCGGCCGUGGGCGCGCUGCGGCCGUGCGCCACGUACCCGCAGCAGAACCGCUCGCUGUCGUCGCAGAGCUACAGCCCGGCGCGCGCCGCAGCCCUGCGCACGGUCAACACGGUGGAGUCGCUGGCGCGCGCUAUCCCCGGCGCCCUGCCGGGUGCGGCCGGGGCCGCGGGCACGGCCGAGCACAAGUCGCAGACCUACACCAACGGCUUCGUCGCCGCGCGCGACGGCCUGGAGUUCGCCGACGCCGACGCGCCCGCCACGCGCUCGAACGGUGAGUGCGGCCGCAGCGGCCCGGGGCCGGCGCAGCGGCGCUGCCAGCGCGAGAACUGUGCGUUCUACGGGCGCGCCGAGACCGAGCACUACUGCUCGUACUGCUACCGCGAGGAGCUGCGGCGGCGGCGCGAGGCGCGCGGGGCCCGGCCCUGAGCGCGUGGCGCGGCGACAAGGUUUUCCCUGAAGGAUUUCUUUUCCAUUCUGUCGGUGUCUUUUUUAACAUGCCCUGGUCAACCGAAAGGCCGGCGCCUCUUCUGUCAGUGCUGUGUACGUGUUUGGUCAAACGUUCCUAAUGGUGCCUGAACCUACACUGACGCCACUCAGGUAGUAGAUGGAUAGGAAACAAGUCAUACUGUUGGAAGUGGGUGUGCUAGCCUAGCAUCUGCCUCGUACCUGUGGAAACUCAAUAGCCAUUGCAAGAGUAUUUUUGUUCCUCAAUAAGAGAAAUAAAGAAAUUCACAGCCCUUUGUUUUUAGAAGGGAGUGUUUUACAUGCUUUUUUUUUUCCUAAUCUAGCGACUGACCUCUUCCAGGUAGCGGUCACUUGUGUACGGUUGGUACCACCCCGGAUGUAGGAGCGAACGCGCACCUGGGACUGGUGGAGGCCCCUGUGCGGGCUCCCACCUGCUUCCAGUCCCGGGUCGUUGGAGGGCAAGCACCUUGCCACCUGCUGGCGCUCUGGUGGUCACUGUGGCCCUUUAGAAAUACACGACUCCAUUUCAUAAGCAAAACCUCCUCCCCAGCCCCCAGCUCUAGCAACAUUCACACUGCCAUCCACGCCGCGGGCGUCAGUAGAGAGGGCAUCGGACAACCUACCUCGCAGGGCGCAGUGAGGUAUAGCGAUCGCUCCUGGUGCCGGUACCAGGCAGCUCAGGUGACAGGAGCUUUCCAAAGACACCUUGGGUCCAAAAAGCAAAGUUCUGCACUCACAAUUUGGAUUUGCCCACGUAUGAGCAAAUAGGACAGCCUGCUCACAUUUCUCCUUUGAAGACACUUCCACUGUGGAUUGUCGCUGGAGGGCUCCUAGGAGGUGACCAUCGGUGCCCCAGGAGAGAGGCAAGGAAUUGACCCUUUGGUCACUGUGUAAGUCCCCACUUGGCUGUGCCUCUUUCCAAAGAGAAGAGGCUGAGGAAAGCCAGGAAGGAAGCCACCCCUCCACACACACACACACACACAUACACCUGCAUCUAUCUGGGUUCAGCCAGGUAAAGGGACUCACUGGGACCGGCCCCCUCCCCAGGACAGGAUGACCCUGUCCCUGGCUUCCUAACACAUUGAGGGAGCAGCCUGAUCCCUGAGCAGUCCCUUUUUUGGUGCCUCCUACAUUUCUUGAGGAAAAAAAAAAAUGUGUCCUUAGCUACCCUGUUCUGAGCAGCAAUAUGCAGCCUCUUCCUUCCAAGAUUACCUCUGGAGAAUACCAUUCUUGGCCAAGGAUGCUGAGGAGCUAAACCUGCCUCACUGAGGAGCAGUCUUGUUCCCGAGAAUUGCGGAUAAGCUGGGUAAAAUGCUCACUAACAAAGAACACUUUAAAACUUGUGAGAGCCUUAGAAUAGCCUCUGAUAAUCCUGAGAAAGGAAGUGCCCAGCUUUGCUGUGAGUGGGUCCUCAGAAAAUGCAGGAGGUAGACCAUCUCUUCGUCGGGGCCAGCUUCUCCUCCAGAAAGGAUGCUUUUUUCCCGACUAAAGAGCAGCAAAAGCAAAAAAAAAAAAGAGAGAGAAUUUUUUUACUUGUUUGAAGAAUUAUAAUAAAAUAGAGUAUCUCCUGUAAUUUCUUUUUGUUUUUAAUUAUUCCACAGCAUGUGGCGUUUUCAGUAAUUUAUUCAAGUUUUGCAUAAAUGGUUCCUUAAAUCAAAAUUAUUUAUUAAAUAGAACCUUUAAGAAGUUUUUUGAACGUUUUACUUUUCCUGCUGAACAGUAUUUUCAAUGUGUGGUGUUUACUGUAUUAACAUCCACGUCCCUAAUAGUGCUGGGGUUUCUUUUGUUACUCAAAAAAAAAAAAAAAAAAGUGGUUUUUAAAAAAAUCUCUCAUCGAGAGGGGUCUGUGGCAGCUUUUUGGACUGAUUCUUCAUGUCACGCGAAACAGCUGCUCUGCUGUCCAAAGCUGUGGGGUCACAGAAGGUUUUGCUUCAGGCGCAAACACCGGCUAUUCCUCAUCCUCCCCUCUCCGAGGUUGAGACACCCAACCUUAAAAAUGCUUAAAUGUGCAUUCAGAAACCAAACCCAUGUGUACAAGAAGCCAGCAAGGCAUAAAGUCGGCUCAUGUUUGGUCCGUUUGUUUGUUUUUCAUAUUGUUAAAACAGCCAACCAGAAAUUUCCAAAACUGGCUAUGCAAAUCUUUUCUCUUUCUCGUGCUCUCUGCCAAGUUUUAAAAAAAAAAGAAAAAG